AUGAGCAAUCCUUCUCCUAUAAAAAAUAUCGGCGCAAGCAGUGAUAUCCCCAGAGUUACUCCGAACAGCGUCAAUAACAAGAAUGCGCUUCCGCCGCCACGCCAAAUUCGCUUUGUGUCGUCGGAUGGUCAGCCGCAGACCAAACGGCGGCGAGUGACUGCUGCGUGUCGCACCUGUCGCAAACGGAAAAUUCGAUGUUCUGGCGAACAACCUAUCUGUAAAACAUGCAGUGACUGUGGCCACAAGUGUCUAGGGUACAACGACCCUGAAAAACCGGAAAAGCCGAUUGUCCUCGGAUCACCCAGAAAUGGACAAUCUCAGACCACAUACGCUGAGGAUGGAGAUGAGGACCGAUCUCUUUCACAUUCCCCAACCACGUCACGGGUGUCUCUUGCUGUGCCUGUGGCUAAUAAUGCGUCCAAAUCGCCGCAGCCUAAGACGAUCAAGUUGGAAGUGCCUCUUCCUUUAACGAAAGAUACGCUGAACAAGGCAACGAGGGAGCAGGAUAAGCUGGCCGCUGUGGCUAGUCCAGAGAGCAGCCGCACGUCUUUGAGCUCAGGGCAUCGAACCCAUGUACCUUAUUUCAGGUACUUUGGACCCACGGCCAUUGUCCCGGGGUUCAAACAAAUGGUCGUGCGGGUACGAGAUGGGAAGAGAGGGAACCAGUCACAAUCGUCAGAUUCGACACGGUCAUUGAAAACUCCACCAAUUGCUCCCACCGGCCCUUCUUUGGUCACUACACUAGCAGAAGGAGAGUCCAACAGUAUACCUUUCUACGACCGCGACGACUCCUUACCGACAAGCAACCUUGUGACGCAUCUAUGUGAACUUUUCUUCGUCCAUCUUGGUUGCAGCUUUCCGUUUUUACAGCGGAGCCGCUUUAUGGAUGAUUUAAAAGAGAAGCAAAUUGAUUCAAUAUUGGUAGAUGCUGUAUGCGCCUUAGCGGCUAGAUUCUCUCCGCAUCCGUUGCUAAGCCCGCCGCAAGCUCGUCCUAUUGAUGAUGAAGAGCUGCAACCCGAUCUCAAACGAUCAGACCACGGCCAGCCUUUUGCGCAUCGAGCUAUGACUGCCGUUGUCAAUGCCCUUUCGUGUCCUACGUUGUCUGUUGUUCAAGCUUGCCUGUUGCUGGCUUAUGAGGAAUUCGGCUCUAAUCACGAUAGUGGCCUCUGGAUGUAUCUGGGAAUAGCUAUUCGAAUGGCUCAGGAUCUUGGUAUGCAGAAGCUUCAAGGACUCAAGUAUCGCUACGGACGUACCGGUCUCAGACCAAAAGCCAUCAUUACUGGCCAAGCCGGAAAAUUGAGCGUAGAACAAUCCGAAGGCUCUCAAAUACCGACAAAACGACGUGAAAGCGGCGACGGAGCAAGCGAAGAUAGUCAGCGCGCAAUGGAACGGGAACAGGUCGACACGUUUUGGAGCGUGUUCUUUCUUGAUCGUGUAAUUUCUUCGGGAACUGGAAGGCCGGUAACCCUACGAGAUGAAGACAUCGAAUUAUAUUUCCCGCUUCAGUCAGAGUCUAUUCUUUCGAACGGCUGGCCGGCACCUUUUCCGCCUCUAAUUCGGAUCAUUCACUUGUAUGGCCGUGUUACGGAUCUCAUUAAUUCCAUCCAAGAAGAUAAUAAUAUCGAUGCAGAGACCCUCAAACGAUUAGCCGGUAUGGAGAGUGACCUCACCAGCAUAUAUCAACGACUUUCGCCAAAGUUGCAUUUCAACACGAUGAACUUUCAAACCUAUGUCAAGGCUCAAGAAGGGACCAACUUUAUUCUGCUACACUUCUGGUUCCACACUCUGAUUGUUCUGUUACACCAGCCGACUCUUCUGAACUCGUUUGGUGGACGGAUUCAGCAACUAUACCCAAACAGUCGAGAACUCUCCAUGUCUUCAGCCAAAACGAUCGCCGACAUUCUCUCGUUUUCUGAGCUGAUUGAUGCAAAAAGCUUCAUUGGCAACCCUUUCACCAGCCAACCGAUGUAUAUUGCAGCAUGCGCUUUUCUUAUGGAAAGUGCCUACUAUUCAUCGCCAUCGUCAAGAUCUGGAUCCCCUCCCGUCCUCGUGACAGAUCAAUCCAGCGCAUUCACCAUUCCCAACAUGGACUCUUCAAAUAGCAGCGAGCGCAAAACCAACACAAAACAUAGUCUGCUCGCUUCAGCCGCAAAGGAGAAUUACCAACGAUGUUAUCGUGCUCUCAGAACUUUGCAGACGUAUUGGGAGGGGACAAAGUAUAUUCUGACGGUGCUGGAUCAGAAAGCAAAAGGCAUAGGGGAUCCGCUGUUGUAUACAACCGAAGAAAUGGAGAGCACGACGGAAGUGGCCUAUAUCCGGUCGUUGGCGUCGCCGAAUUGGCAACCGACGGUUCAGCCUAGUAUUGGGGAGGUUGCUGGGAAGGCAUCGGAAAGCCAGGCAGCUCAGUCUGACGUGGGUUCUCCGAAGAUUGGCCCUAGUCAAGCCAUCGGUUGGGCACUCACUGGAGAAAUCAACUCCGCCCAGCCAAACCUGAGUCUCUUGUACCAACUACCAGCACCGCAAUCAGAUGAGGGAUCAGAAGGACAGGUACCAGUCAAACAAAACAUCCCUGCCAUCGAAGUACACCGAGCCGGCCAUUCCUAUGCGCAAUCAAUGGCAUAUCAAUCAGGUCCCACCAACUCCUCAAGCAUCCUCAGUCCCCCCGUCCCAAAAUUCUCCAGCCCCGGAAACAAUAAUAUUAUCGCCUCCAAUUCCUACGCAGCAACAGGCACCGGACCCUCCCACGCCGUGUAUAGCUCAGCCCUCGCGCACUCUCAGAUGCAGUCUCCAUACACCUACAGCUCGCCAUCCUAUCAACCCCAUCAGCACCAACCUUACCACACAUAUACUGCGCAAUACGCUCCCUCGAAUCUAUCCGACACUUUGAUCGAAAGCCAGGACAUCGACAUGGCCGCCUUCCACAACCAAGCCGAAUUCCCCUUCAUAUUCUCCAACGAGUUUAACCCUUAUCUGGAAUAUCUGCCGCCGGAUGUGAUUAAUUAUUUCGGCGAUUCGUCGUCAUCCUCUUCGGCGGUGGCGGCGCAACAACAGCAGCAAUUUGGGGCCACUGCGUUGUUGAGUCCGGAUGAGAAUGCUUCUCAACAGCAACAGCGUCGACGAUGA